AUGGAUUUCAUCGGUCCGAUAGAGCCAACCACCUUAAAUGGACACAGAUUCAUUUUGGUUGAUACUGAUUAUUUCACCAAAGGGGUGGAAGCAGCUUCUUACAAGUCAGUAACCAAGAAAGUUGUGGCUGAUUUUGUUCGCAACAAUUUGAUAUACAGAUUUAGAGUGCCAGAAUCCAUCAUUACUGAUAAUGGUGCAAAUCUAAACAGUCACCUGAUGAGAGAGAUUUGUGAAAAGUUUAAGGUCACUCAUCCAAAUUCAACUGCUUAUCGUUAUCGAACGAUUGUCAGAACAUCGACUGGUGCUACUCCAUACUUACUAGUAUAUGGAACAGAGGUAGUCAUACAUGCUGAAGUUGAGAUACCGUCAUUGAGAAUCAUCCAAGAAGCUGAGUUGAGUAAUGCUGAAUGGUACGAGUACAAAGGAAAGUUCGCACCGAACUGGCAAGGACCUUACAUGGUUCGCAAAGUAUUAUCUGGAGGUGCUUUGGUCAUGUCGGAGAUGGAUGGCACCGUAUGGACUAAACCUGUCAACUCAGACGUUGUCAAGAGAUACUACGUGUGA